GCCGUGCUGCGCGGAGCCGACCUGAGCCACGCCGAGCGGCGCCGAGCGAGGCGGCCGGACCCGCAGCACCCAUGCUGCUGACGCUGGCCUGGGGCUCGCUCUUCUUCCCGGGGCUCUUCGCGCUUAGCACCUGGGCGCUGCGCCGCUCGCGGCCCGAAUGGACCUAUGCCGACUGCGUGAUGAUCAGUACCAGGGUGGUUUCUUCAGUGCAGGCUGUGCUGGCCACCGGCUCAGGGAUCGUCAUCAUUCGCUCCUGCAGCAACGUGGUCUCAGACAGGCACUGGCUCGCCCGAGAAUAUGUCUGGUUUUUGAUUCCGUACAUGAUCUAUGACUCCUGCGCCAUGUACCUCUGUGACUGGUGCCGAACCAAAGACCAGAACCUCAGACGUACCCUCACUUUUCGAAACUUCCUGAGUCAAAACCGCCUCAUGAUCACGCACCAUAUGGUCAUUUUGUUUGUCCUUGUACCAGUUGCACAGAGGCUCCGGGGAGACCUUGGGGACUUCUUCGUUGGCUGCAUCUUCACGGCAGAACUGAGCACUCCAUUUGUGUCACUGGGCAGAAUUCUAAUUCAGCUAAAGCAGCAGCACACACUUCUCUACAAGGUGAACGGAAUCCUCACGCUGACCACCUUCCUCUGCUGUCGGAUCCUUCUUUUCCCCUUCAUGUACUGGGCCUAUGGACAACAUCAGGGACUAAGCCUGCUCCAAGUGCCAUUCAAUAUCCCUUUCCACUGCAACGUGGCCAAUGCCUUCCUCAUUGCUCCCCAGAUCUACUGGUUCUCUCUGCUGUGCAAGAAGGCGGUCCGGCUCUUUGACACUGCCCAAACCAAAAAGGAGAGUUAACUGUUCGCAGGAAUUAGGCAAUGAGGGUUGCCGCCUCACACUAGCUGCCUCUACUCAGUAUUCUAUGGACCAAAUUGUGCCCUGGAUGGCCUUAGCCUUUUGAGUCUUGAUAAGUAGAUGGAUUUGUUUUUCUAAAAAAGAUAUUUCUGUUACCUCCCUCUUCUAACCUGCCUUUUUGCAAAAGCACUUUUUUCUUGGUAACAACUAUUAUAUCCUGUCAGACCUCCACUGGCAGCAAGGUAGUUUUAAUACAAGCCUGGGGUUCCUUCCCUCAGCCUUAUCUGAAGAGCUCGGGAGGUGGAAGCAUGGGAUGUGGAGGUUGGUGGACCAGGGUGGUAAGUGCCUUGGCACACACCUGGCCCAAAUUUUGGUGGCUUCCCACCUUUCCAACCACUCAGGGAAAUAUCCACAAUAGUGGGCCAGUAAAAGCAAGUGGUGACUUGGUUCUUGAAAUAAUGUUGUCUUGCAUUGUUGGCCUGGGAAAAUCAU